UCGGUAAUCUUCGUUACAUGACUAUCCUAGACCUACAACUAAACCAGCUUACUGGCUCUAUACCUCCAUCAAUCUUUAACAUUACCGCAAUGCGGAUCAUUACUCUUUUCAAAAACAAUGUUGCUGGUAAUCUUCCAACAACUAUAUGUGAAAAUCUUCCAAACUUGGAAGUUCUUCACAUCCCAGUUAACAACCUAGACGGUGUUAUUCCACCAAACCUAGGAAUGUGCAGAAAGCUUCAGAUCUUGUCAUUGUCUGGCAAUAAGUUCACUGGAACUAUACCAAGAGAGUUAGCCAACUUAAAAGAUCUUACAGAAUUAUAUCUUGGAUAUCAGCACUUGCAAGGAGAGAUACCAGUGGAGCUAGGUAAUCUAAAGAAACUGCGGUUGCUGGGAUUAUCCAACAACGAGUUUACGGGUCGUCUACCAUCCGAUUUUGGCCGUGGAGUUCCCAGCUUAGAAGAAUUUUCUUGCAGAUCGAAUAAUCUGAGUGGUUCUAUCUCUGCUUCAAUCUCAAAUUCUUCAAGACUCAGAACACUUUAUCUCUCGUACAACAGUUUCACAGGAGAGAUACCGGCGGAGCUAGGUAAUCUUAAGAAUCUACAGUAUCUGGAUUUAACUGUAAACGAGUUUACUAGUUCUGUUCCUGCAAGCAUUUUCAACAUAUCGGCACUGAGGACCCUUGGACUUGGAGUAAAUAGGCUUUCAGGUACUCUACCUUCAGAUUUAGGCCGUAAAAUGCCCAGCCUAGAAGAACUUCUUUGUGGUGGUAAUGAUCUGAGUGGUUUUAUGUCUGCUACUAUCUCAAAUUCGUCAAGACUCAGAAAACUUGGUCUCACACACAACAGAUUCACAGGUCCAAUUCUUGAAUCACUUGGUAACUUAGAAUACCUUGAGUUUGUCCUUGGGGGCGAAUACUUUUUUCAGCGAUUCAACAUUGAGCUUCCUAACAGCUUUGACAAAUUGUAGGAAACUGAGAGAGCUCAGGUUCUCUGACAAUCCGUUUGAUGGUGUUUUACCUCAAUCUGUUGGGAAUUUCUCUAACUCUCUGCAGAUUUUUGAUGGACAAGGUUGUAAGCUGAAGGGCUCAUUCCUGAAGAAAUUGGUAAUAUUAC